CCCCGGGGCCGAGCACAUCAGGGACCAGGCAGUCGCGCUCAACCCCUCUGAGGCAGAGCACAUCAGGGACCAGGCAGUCCCGCUCAACAACCCCCCGAGGCAGAGCACAUCAGGGACCAGGCAGUCCCGCUCAACAACCCCCUGGAGGCAGAGCACAUCAGGGACCAGGCAGCCGUGCUCACCAACCCCCUGGAGGCAAAGCCCGUCGAUGGAGACACCUAAGAGAAGCACUCCUGCCUCAAGAGAGCAGAGGAUUGAGAAUGAAAUCGUCCAGCUGAAAAUUAAGGUUCAAACUCUACUUGAAAACCAAGGAGAAAUCCUGCACCUUCACAGGAGGAUGUCGGCCAACUCUCUUGAUGGCGGUGAGCCUGUAGAAAUUGAGGACCUCAUCCCCCAGCCACUGUGUACCAAACACGAGCUCCAGGAGCUCUGUGACAAGUUGGAACAGGACGACACAUACAGGGGCAAAAUGAUAAAGGCCCUGGCUGCCUUGGGAGGACGUGACAUACCAGAAGGGAUAAGAUUGAUGUGCCGCCACAUUGCAGAAAACUGGCUGUGGGAGCAGUACAGCAUGAAGGGGAGGAAAGACAAAGUGUCUUUUCAGAACCUGCGGUUAUGCAGGGUAUUAGUCAAGGCUGCAAUCUUUGCAUACAAAAAGAAGAAUCUGACAAAAGAAGAUGUGCUUCAAGAAGUCGCCGAUGUCAUGAAGUAUGUAGCCCACAGGCCUGGAGGGUCUAAGUACAAGCCGCCAAAGAAUAAAACCCAGAAUGGAGGACCUCAACUAGAUGACAGCAACACCGAGAAUGAUGCCUAGACAGCAGUUGACUAGACAGCAAUUGACUAAUGAACAUGCAGGGACUAAUUUGUUUAAAAUGAACAUAAUGGCUUAAUUUCUGGUAGAU